AUGGCUUCCAGCUCGAUGUCAAGCAAUGAAUCUAUGCUUUCCUACUUUCAUCUUCGCCGGAGUGGACGUCGCAUUGAUUCACAGGAAACUCUCAUCCUAGGGAAAACGGACGGGGACACAGAGUUGCCGGACAGUAGACCGGUUGAAUUUGAGGCGGUCCGUUCUAGUGCUGAACUUGCAGCAUUUUUCCCAAGAACGGAAGAGCCCAAUGCAGACAUGUCUAUCAUCAGAGAAGCUGGACCAGUGGUGGAGGGCAACAGUGCCGUGGAUCCCAGACCAAGGAAACUCAGCAACAAGGAGAAAGCAGCCAUGGGGGCGAACAGGGUCGGGAUGUGGACCCGUCAACGGGUUUGUUGCCCACAUGACCCCGAGACCAGUGUGGAUCUAUGGAAACCAGAUGGUUGCUUGUGGGGCGAGGGUCUCAAUCAUGACAUAGUCUCGGUUGUGAACAAGUUCAAGUUCAAGAAGUCUCGGCGGCAACAGCCACAGCACCAUACUUGCCGCCAGUUUGCUUCGUUCCUGAAGAUGAACAUGCGUCGCAAAGGAUGGAAAAUGACAGAGACCACGGAGAUGCCUGGCCCUGGAUUUAUCAAGAUGCUUCCAGCAGAGUAUGAGCAAUCCGAUUAUCUCAGCCAUUUCUCUUUUAGCGACGGCGAAACCAACUGAGAGAUGCAUUUGCAGUUGAUCCGAUAUGGGUCUUGACGUAGUUUUGACACACAAAAUUUCAACUGAUCCAUUUUACUUUUGGUAUGGUGCACCAUGAAAAUUUGGCCAGCUGCAUUCAUGGAACAGCGUGGCGCUGGUGCACGGUGGUGGUGCCAAUUAAGUUGCACAUGUUAACAUUGUUUGGGCACAUCGGUGCCAAUUCCAAUUCAAUCUGAGAUUCAAUUUGCUGCCACUCUGCCAUGCAGUCAUCAGUGACAGUGGGCAGUGGCGUUUCCGGGUGAGG